AUGAAAGAACAAAAAAAUAGCUGUUUAAUUGAAACUAAUGAACUAUACGAUCUUAUAAAAAGUAAAAAAAAAUAUUUACUGUUUGAUGUUAGUUGGUAUAAUAUAAAAAAUGAUAAAAACGAUAAUGGAUGUGCUAAUGAUGAUGAUAAUCUCGAAAAAAUAGAAUCAAGUAUCAAUUUUAAUUCAAACAUUCGUUUAAAUCAAGAUUUAAAUAUUCCUUCCUUUUCAUUUCCAACGCAAUCUGAAUUUUUUAGUUACCUUAGAGAAUUACUGAUAAGACAUGAAACAGUAGCAAAUAUUAAUUCUUUAGAAAAUAUUCCUUUCAUAUUUUAUGAAAAAGAUGACAUUUUUUACUCUCCAAGAAUCUGGUUCAUUUUUAAAAUAUUUGGUUUUAAUAAUGUGAAAAUUUUAAAUGGUGGUUUAAAUAAAUGGUUAAGCGAAGGGAGAUAUGUAAUAAGCCAUAGCGAGACAGAACAUAAUCAUAAUAAUAGCACACCAGAUAAAGAGCGAAUUAAACAUGUUGAUCAAAUGAUAGAAAACCAUUUAAUAAAAAAUAAGGAAAGCAUAAAAACUAAUUUAAAAAAAAAUAUAUGUAAUUAUUCUGAUAUAGAAAAUUAUAUAGCCCAAAAGGAAAGCAAUAAAUUAAAGACGACCAUACUAAUUGAUACUCGACCUAAUGCUUCUUUUAGUUCAUUACUAUUAUUAAAUGAUAAAAAAACAAAAAUAAAUAAUCAUAUACCGUUUUCAAUAAAUAUACCAUAUCACUAUUUUAUAAAUAGUAACCAGGAAUUAUAUAAAUAUCUUACAUUUAAAAAUAAAUUAGAGUUAAAGAACAUUUGCAAUGCACAUGGAAUAUUAAAUGAACAAAAUAUUAUAAUAGCAACAUGCAAUAGAGGCAUAACUGCUUGUAUUUUAAUAUAUAUUUUAUACCAUCUAAAUAUCCCUUUUUCUAAUUUGAUAUUAUACAAUGGAAGUUUUUCCGAAUAUAAAUAUUAUAAGUAUAAUAUCCCGUAG